AGUACUAUACAGGAUGAACGCUGAGCCGAUAGACGCCAUGUGGGCAGCACAAAGGGAGAAAGACGAAGAAAAAGAAGAGAAUUCUCCCGAGUACGAAUUUGCGACGGGAACGACUCUCCAUGGACUAAACAAGAUCGCAGACGCUCCGAACUGGGGGGUUCGUCUCGUAUGGAUCUGCAUUUUCCUGGGAUGUCUUGGAUACUCUUCUUACCUCAUAACGGAAACUCUCUUGGCGUAUUUCUCUUACGACACAGUGACAGACGUGUCUCUCAAGUUUGAGGAAUCUCUGGACUUCCCGGCCGUCACCUUCUGUAACUUCAACAAGUAUGCCUUCAGGAAGGUUGCCGGCAAUCCUAGAAUCAAUGUCUACCUGGAGCCACUGUAUGCCUUCCCAAAGGAGUAUGUCAUAAUUGGACCACCCAUCUACAAAAACGACGGUCCCACGCCGACCCCGACCCCCACGCCCUUCUUCUACGACUUGGCCGGCAUCACGGAGUACGCCGGCUUCCAAUUGAUCGAUGGGCUGGUGGAGUGCUCCUGGAGGGGGGAACGUUGCACCCUUAAGAACUUCACCCGGACGCUGUCGCAGUUCGGCAACUGUUACGUCUUUAACGGCGAUCCGGAGAAGGAAUCCGUAAAGCAGACAGUGUCCGGGUCGGGCAACGGGCUGCAUCUCAUCAUCAAUGUGCUAGCUGUAAGUCUUCGUUCAAAACAAAUCUUAUAA